GGGGACGGGACGGGACGGGACAGGGGGGAGAGAGGGCGGGGGGGCGUCGGGAUGGCGGAGCAGAGGCGGCGGCUGGUGCGGCUGGCCGUGCUGGAGGAGCUCCGGGUCUCGUAUGGGAUCAAAGUGAAGGGCGGGAGCUGUCUGGCAGCGGCCAAGGAGCCGGGAGCGGCGACGGCGGCGGCGGAGGGUAAAAUCUUUGGGAUAUCUUUUUAUGCGCUGCCACGAUCACUUGUGCCAGAAUAUGGUUACAUUCCAAGCUUUCUGGUUGAUACUUGUGAAUAUUUGGAAGAACAUGUUCAUACUGAGGGACUCUUCAGAAAGUCUGGAUCUCUUGUUCGUUUAAAGGCUUUAAAGAGUAAACUGGAUCAGGGUGAGAACUGCCUCUCAGCUGCACUGCCGUGUGAUGUUGCAGGGCUUCUCAAACAGUUCUUUAGAGAGCUGCCAGAACCCAUCCUUCCACCUCACCUGCAGGAAGGCCUUGUCAAAGCUCAGCAGCUCGGAAAUGAGAAGAAAACUGCAACUGUGCUGCUGUCGUGUUUGAUGGCCGACAGAAUAAUUGAAACUUUGAGAUACUUUUUCAACUUUUUGAGAACUGUGUCAUUAAGAUCCAAUGAAAACAGAAUGGAUAGCAGUAAUCUGGCAGUGAUUUUUGCUCCCAACCUCUUGCACUCAAAUGAAAAUGAAAAGAUGUCAGCUAAUAUGGAAAAAAAAAUUCGCUUGCAAGCUGCUGUUGUGGAAACACUUAUUGACCAUGCAGCAGAAAUCGGACAAGUACCAGAAUUUAUCUUGGAAAAGAUUCCUGCAAUGUUGGGUGUUGAUGUCUUUCAAUCUACUCCCUCACUGUGGGGCCAGGAAGACAGUGAAAAUGAAUCUCCCAGUGAAUGUCAGAGGAGGAGACACCGAAGUGUUGGGGAUAUUGUUAGUGGAGCAUUGAAUAAAUUUAAAUCUAACAGAACACCCUCCACUACACCUCAACAAGACAAAAGCGUCCUUUCGUCAGUGACUCCAGUGGUUCUUACUCCAAGUACCAAGCGUAAACUUCCAACUGAUUGCUCUCAGGGCUUGUCCAGCAAGAAGAGACGGUCUUUUAAGCAUAGUUUUGCCUUUGAGUUCUUACCAACUAGCAUUUUUAACAGCAACUCAACACCAGCAUCAGUUCACUUUGAAGCAAGUCCCUGUGUGUCUCUUGAGUCAUCACAAACCUCACUGUCUCCUUCAACCAUGGGUGAAAAUCAUCUGUCUAGUACGGGGAACAGAAGAAGUAAAAGACUUGCAAGCAAAAAAUUAUACAGGGCUGAAUCAGGAAAGACAGGUUGUUUUUCUCCAAAGAUCAGCCGAAAAGAAAUGGUUCGUAGGUCAUUGCGCUUGAAAUUUGGUUUGGGGAAAAGCAAUAGAGAAAUGAAUAUUGUAUCAGGAUGUACAGUUGGCAAUAGAUCUGAAAAUAUUGGAAGGCGUCUUGCAAGUCAGCAAGGUUUGGAAAACAGAAUGGAAUGUGGAAAAAGAGAUGGACUCUUCAGCCCAUAUGCCAAUGAAAAAUUCCCUAAGAAAGGUUCAAGGAAUGCAAGCAAGUCAGAAGAAAACUUGCUAACUCCAAAAUGUGACAAUAAGGUAGUUCACCGAAUGUCAUGGAAUAGUCCUGCUGUUAUGGAGUCUCAGGUGAUCAGCAAGAGUGAGCAGAUUCUGCCAGGACACCCUGAAAUGAGAGUUGGCUCUUCAGAAUCUGUUUCGUUAUCUGGAAAGCCACCACUUGUUCCAGAUGAAUUCAAGUCCACAACUGUAAGCAAACAAGACAACAACUUGGAACUUGUGCUUUCUGAAGAGGAAAGUAACUCAACUGCAGAAACAUUACUGAAAGUUAAGCAAGCCUUCUCUGCAUCUGGAAGUAUUCAUCACAAUUUGAUAGGUGAUAAGUUUUCUCUCAUGAAUGUGGCAGGUGAAACAUUAAAUGAAACUCUGUGUCCCGCAGGGCUCGCUCCAGGGAAAGAAUUGUUAACUGAAGAAGUUUGUGAAAAUCUAGCAAAUGUAAAAUCCAGAGAGCUGUUGCACCAACUUAAUCAAUCUUCUACUGCUGAUAAACAGCAAUCAAAACCCCCUGAAAUUAAAGUUUUGGAGAAAAGAAACUUCAAAACAUCUCUUGAGAUUGAACUUCAGGUCCCAAAACUAGAUACAAAAAAAUUAACAGAAUUUCCUGUGCCUCAAGUACUGGACAGGGAAGACAAGUUGACUGUUCAGAACAGUUCAACAAAAGAUGACUUAAACAAAAUAGAUUUCUUUGGAAGGAAAGAGGAAAUAGAAUUAAUACACUCACAAACAGCUGAAAACUGUGUGGUAAAAUGCUGUAAUUUAGAAGAAGGUACUGCUAAACUUUCUUCGGCAGGACAGCUUCCUACUUUACAGUUACCUAAAUUGCAAAAUGAAGUAGGCAACCAAUACUUGAAAGCUGAAAAUUCUGCUAAAACUUUAACUAAAACAUCAACUGUUUCUGAGAGUGGAAAGGUUUCUGACCACAUACAGUGGUUCAACAAGCUUUCAUUAAAUGAUCCAAGUUCUGCAAGCGAAACUAAACCACCUCUGAAAUUUCAACGUACUCCAGUUAGACAGUCUGUAAGAAGAAUGAAUUCCUUGUUGGAGGCUAACAGACGAUCUGUAAGCUCUCAGCCACUUAAAUCAAGCAGUGUUUGUUCACCACUUGUUAAAUCUUUGAGCUGUGAUUCUGCACUAUUCUCCUGCACAGAAAAGCCCUCAAAGAAUUCCAUGGGUUUGCCGUGCAGGAGUGAAAGUAUGUGUGACCAAAUUUCUGUAUCUCAUAAGCAGCUAGACUUAACAUCUAAAUCACUUUGCAGGCCAUCAAAUCCCUCAGAGAAGCCUAAUGUUUCUGUCAGACCUGGAAUCUAUGAUCAAAAAGUGACUGUUCAUCCAUCAAAAUCUGUUCUAGAAGAUCUAACCAAUCAUGAAACGGUUAAAUCCAGUUUGAAAGUUAAUGCAAAUAUAAAUAUUCAAGGUGCUGCCCCAGAAAAAUCUACAAUCGCAAGAAGUGCUCCAGGAAAAGAAAGAGUUCGUUAUAGAGGUUCUCCAAAGAAUCCAAUAUCUAAAGUGAAAUUGCUACCAACUGCAAAGCCAGUAGACUUAUGAGAUCAAAUAUCAUGUCUAACUGGGUUCAUUGUAACUUGGUUAACCUUUAGAAAGAUCUAAAUUUUUAUGAUUUUUUUUUAACUCUAAUUAUUUGUAAUUUUUGAUUUAUUUUAACUGUGUGAGUCGUGGAGAUGUACAAAUAUUAAUUUGUUUUGUGUUGAGGUUUUCUUCAUUUACUGAAACUUCUGUAAAUGUCAGUUCAACUAAAUGAAUUUAACUUCUAAAACAAAAAUAACCUGUUUCUACAAAUGUUUGUGUUAGAUCUCAAAUUUGAUUAUUUAAGCUUCUAAAAACAUGCUGCAUCUCCCAAAACAGUUUUUGCAGUAUUUAGAUUAAGUACCAAGUUUAAAAAAAACCCCAAACUUCUCAAAUAUUUAAAACAAAACUAACAGACAUCGGAAAGAAAAUAUCUUGAUGCUGAGUAGUGGUAAUUAAAGCUAUUUACUUUUUAGUUUUAAGUGUGUUGUAGCACUACUCGAUACUACGAAGUUGGAUCUUAUAUGAGCCUACUUCUUCUGAGACAAUGUUUUUUACUUCUAUUGGAGUAAAUUGGGAGCAUAUUUUCCUUGUUGAGUAGGUAAAUGUCAAAAUAAAAUUCGUGCGUGCACAUACACUGGAGAAUUAUUAGAACACUUGGAAAACAAAUGUGAAGUUUAUUCAAAAGGCAAAAAAUCUUAAAAACUUCAUCCAGUGAUGUGCUCUGCAAUAGGUACCAAGUAUUUUCAGUUUUGAGCAGUAAAAUUUUUUAUCUUAAUAUGAGAGGAGAGUUUUAACUUAUUUUUAGAGCAAUAGAAUAGUGUUAACUAGAUGGUGCAGAAGCUGGUUUUAGAUACUGACAGUGUUUCAAGAGAUGAAUGUAAGAAGCCAUAGUGUGUUAAAAGUUGAUUCGCACAAGCAAAUGUUUAUAAUUUUUAGAAUGAAAACUGUUUAUGUCUGUCAUCAGUUGUAAAAUUAUUUAAGAGUAAACACUUGAAACUAUUCAUUAGCUUUUUAUAAAUGCGAAUUGUUUAUUGGCAAAAUGUUAGAGCUGAAGCACUGGAUAUUUUGGUUUUAAUAAAACCAUUGGUUUUUUUCCCUUUUCUGAA